AUGACGGACACGACAGAUGACAUCGCAGAGGAAAUCUCGAUCCGAGCUUUUGAGGACGACUGCCGACUGCUGGAGGGCCUCCUCAACGACGUCCUCCACCGGGAGGUCGGUCCUCAGUUCAUGGACGCCAUUGAGAGGAAGCGGGCCCUCGCUCAGGUCCUCUCACCACACGCCCUGAAAGCUUCCAUUUUCUCUCUCUCUCUCUCUCUCUCUCCCUUUUCCUCCGGAUCCCUUCGAUCCCCUUUUCUUUCCUCGAUCCUCAUUUCCUCCGCUGGUCAUUUCUCACUCAUCUCCCGUACCCCAUCGCCCAUCUCUGAUGCCAUCUUUCUUCAUUCCUUUCUUCUCGAUCUCGGCAGAGCGCCGUCAACAUGAGAAUGGUGGGGCUCGAGGACACAGCGGAGUUGCUCGAGAAGCAUCUGGCAUCAGAAAUGUCGGAGAUGACGCUGGAGGAGGCCUUGACACUGGCUAGAGCUUUCAGCCACUACCUCAGUCUCAUGGGCAUCGCGGAAACUCACCAUAGGUGCUCCAAUUCAGACCGUGUUUUGAUCUUCUUCUCUUUCUUUUUUAAUCCUCGAUCGACAUAACAAAUUUCAUAGCCAAGUUCAGAUGCCCUUUUUUUUGAAAAAGAAAUUGUUGGUCCAUUUCUAGAGACUGUUUGUUCUCUUCGGUGGUAAUAUAUUACAGUCAAGAUGGAUUUGAUAGAUAAGUAUAAUACGGAUUAAUGUUUCAUUCAACCUCGAUCCUUGGGAGAUGACCAACUGUAGACAUAAUCAAGCUACUCGGUUCCCAAUCAUUUUAGCACCAGAUGCAUACCAUUAUAAUAUGAUAAAUCUGAUGAGCAUCGUCUAUUUUUCACAUUAUCAUCGAGUCAGCUUGAGAUCAAUGAACAUUUACGGUGAUUCCAGAGCUUCUCCACAGAAUCCCUCCUCGCUCAUCUUCUCUUACUCUUCUUGCAGCGUUCGGAAGGCCCGAAACAUCGCUUCUCUGACAAAAUCAUGUGACGACAUAUUUAACAAGUUGAUCCAGGGCGGAGUUCCUCCAGAGGCCCUCUAUGAAACCGUCUGCAACCAGGUGUGAUCUCUCAAAACUCGUCGAAUCUCUUCACUCCCAAGAGGAAGAUCGUACAGUCCUUGAUUUUCAUCCGCUGGUUCUGUUGCAGGUCGUUGAAAUUGUUCUUACUGCCCAUCCUACACAAAUAAACAGGCGCACUUUGCAGUACAAGCAUAUCAGAAUAGCAGUAAGAGAAGUGUUCUUGAGUCGUUCAUUCUUAUGUUCAGUGAUCAAGUUUUAUCUUCUUCUUUUUUUUUCAAAAUAGAUACUUUAAUUUUUUCUAGUUUUACGUGUUCGAAUGUGGACUUCAUCCAUAUAUUCUCCAGAAUUCUUUUUCCUGUUUAUAAGACCCCUCUUUAAUACAGCAUCUUCUGGAGUUCAACGAGAGGCCCGAUCUCACUCUUGAAGAUAGAGAGAUGGUGAUCGAAGACCUGGUAUGAACCGGCAUCUCAAGUUCAGAUGCUUCAAGCAUCAUUUGGGUGAGACACUCAAGGCCAUUUUCUUUUGCAGGUGAGAGAGAUCACUGCGCUAUGGCAGACAGAUGAACUCAGGCGCCACAAGCCUACCCCAGUAGAUGAAGCCAGGGCCGGUAAGCUGACCAAAUGGGUGUCCCACACCCAUUCUUUUUUUUUCUUCUAAAAUAAUAUUGUGCAGUUCAAUAUGCCCAUUUUAAUGUUUUUUUGUUAAAUUGUUAUCUCCUCUCAGGCCUUCAUAUAGUGGAGCAAUCUCUCUGGAAGGCAGUGCCUCAUUACUUGCGCCGCGUUAGCACCGCCCUGAAGAAGGUUCACCAUUCAUAAACUCCCCAUAAUUGAUCUUAAUAAUGUUAUAUCAUCUGGCCCUAUAAAAACAGAGUUUAUGUAUGGUUUUUGUUUUUCAGCACACUGGUAGGCCGCUUCCCCUGACUGCCACACCAAUUAAAUUCGGCUCUUGGAUGGGAGGCGAUCGAGAUGGGAAUCCAAAUGUGACAUCGAAGGUGAUUCAUCGUUCCAUUCUUUGAGAAAUUUUGACUAAAAAUCUCUAUUUCAUGUGCCAUCAGUGCCUGUGAAAUCUUCUCCACAACGAUUUAAUAUUCAUUGGAGAUGAAUUAUUGUCGCUUUUCUUGUAUCUCUGCCGUUAAAAAAUUACAUCAUGAUACCUUUUCAGGUGACAAGAGACGUUGCUCUUUUAUCUCGAUGGAUGGCAAUUGAUCUGUACAUUCGAGAAGUUGACAGCCUGAGAUUUGAACUGUCCAUGAGUAGGUGCAGUGGUGAUCUGGAGAAGCUGGCGCAUGAAAUCCUUCAAGGUUAUUUCACUCAAUGGAACUCUUGAUUUUAGAUGGUAUAAUAAUUGCUAAACCUAAUUUUAUUUCAUUUUACUUAUUUUCCUUCAUUAAACUGAGAUUUUUGGUGUUCAGAGCAGAACCAGAAGCGGUGUUAAUCCCUGCCAGUUUAUAUCAUGCGGGAAUUACCCUGCCAGCUUUCGUGUCUGUGUUUAGCUUAAUAUGAUAAGCAUGUUUUGACCUUAAAAUGGGAUGAGGAAACUUUAGAUACAAGGCGGCAGGAACAGGGGAAACAGUAUUAAUUAAAGGAACUUUAGAUGCCUCGGUUCAUUGCCAUGCAAAUUUUUAAUACCCCGUCUGUGUUAUUUUCCUCUUUCAAUGGCUUAUUUCAUACGUAAUUUAUGCACAAAUGAUCAUGUAGGGGCUUCACCUGUCUCUCGCCACAGUGAGAGUUGGAACCAGUCACAAAGCAGAAAUCAUGGAAACCAUCUGAGUCAACCUACUUCAACUUUGCCAACACAACUCCCUGCAGGCGCAGAUAUGCCUUCUUUUGCAGGUAAUUUAUCACCAGAAUUUACAUGUAUUAACAACGUAGCCCUUCUUUUUGGCUGCAAGUCGCCACUUCGUUGUACUUCUCAUCUUCCUCCAAGAGCGUUCGAUUAAAGCCAGUAAUCAUAGACUGCAGUGGAUUGAUAGGGUUGCUAGGAUUAUGGCAUGAUAAGAGAGGGUAAUUUUCGCAUGGCGGUCUGAUGUGUUUAACGUAAUUGAGAAGGGUGCGUGCUUACCUCUAACAAAUGGCAAAGCAGGAUGCCACAGUCGAGAAAGGCUGCAGAUAAUUCAGAAUACACAGCGAAGCACAAGUAUCUUUAUUUCUUAGAAUAUGCUUUGAUCGUCUGGAGAUGCAUGCCAGUCUUGAUUGAGAGACAACUCCGGACUUAUGCGGCCGUUUCAUCAAAAGAUGCAGAACUCUAUAUUUCCUAGUCAUCUAAUAAGCUAAACCUUCAAAAUUGGUUUAUGAUGUAGAAAACAUUAAGGACAUCAAUACAGUUUGUUUCUUUAUAGCCUUUUAUAAAGCGAGAAAUUCUUAAGUUGAAUUAUCAGCAUGCAUCGGGCGGAUGUCUUCAUAUCCUGUCGGAGUAGAUGAACCAGAAAGUAGCCUUUUUUUUUCGGAUGAACCAGAAAGGAUUUUUCCGUGAUUAAUGUAAAUAGCUAUUUAUGAAACUAGCUUUCUUCUUGUGCCACCAAACUCAAUUUAUAGAUAUAUAUAUAUAUAUAUAUAUGAUUUUAAUUUUCUGAAAUCGGUCAUUAAUGGUUGUGAUGCCUAUUUGAAACGCAGGAGAAUCUUCGUAUUCGAUACUUGAGUUUCCUGGCAACAUCAAUCGCCAGGUGGGGCCAGCUCCUGGCUGAUAGCUUUGAAUUCUUUUUUCUAAGAUGAUCCUAUUUUUUGUAUAUGUUUUGCCUCAAUAUUUCGUCAAAUUUGUGACGCCCAUUUACUCUGGCAAUGCUCAUGAGAGAGUUAUCCUGAUUUGUGUCCUACCCUUUUAUCAGGAUGACCGUUCAUCAUUUCUAGACCCUGCUAAAAGUGUGUCAGAUAGCCUUGGGAACGGAAGUGCUUCCCAAGAUGGCCACUCAAGUUCUUCUCUGGGUCCUCAGCCAUCCACACAGGCGCCCUCAAAGCCAAGCAUGAUUCCGAGAAACGCAUCUUUCAAUUCUUCUCAGCUGCUUGCCCAAAGAAAACUAUACGCAAACUCACAAGUAGGCAGGUUCAGCUUCCAGAAGCUUCUGGAACCCAGCUUGCCCGAACGUCCUGGAAUCCCUGCCUAUCGUGUUGUUCUGGGGCAUGUCAAGGAUAAGGUUGGGAAAUUAAAUUGAAUUUCACCAUAAAAUUCCUGCUUUCGAUUUUCAGUAAAGAAAGUGGGACUUUUAUUUCUCCUAUGAGGACCCCUCAUUAUUUUCUCUUUUAUUUGGAUCAUCAACCAUGACGAACUACUAAUCAAUAUUCCUCAAAAUGAUUCUCAGCUUACCAAAACACGGAGGCGACUAGAACUCCUGCUUGAGGAUCUUCCUUGCGAGCUAGAUCCUCUCGAGUACUACGAAACCUCAGAACAGCUACUGGAACCGCUUCUUCUUUGCUAUGAAUCCCUGGUAUGGCGAAACCUUUCCAAAAAUGACCAUAUGACUCCUAGCCAGGUAUAUCUGAUAAGUCCGGUGGGUGAUCAUUCCCCUUUGCAGCAAUCCUCUGGGUCUGGAUCUCUGGCCGACGGCCGCCUUGCAGAUUUGAUACGCAGGGUUGCCACCUUUGGGAUGAUACUAAUGAAGCUUGACUUGCGCCAGGCAUGCCAGUUCUCUCUGUUGUACAUUCAAGCUCCAAAAGGCCAUAUACAUACAUAUAUACAUGUAUAAUCUGACAUGUCUUGUAUGCUGCACUCGUAGGAAUCUGGACGACAUGCUGAGGCAUUAGAUGCCAUCACAAGCUACCUGGAUAUGGGCGUUUACAGCGAAUGGGAUGAAGAAAAAAAGCUGGACUUUUUGACAAGGGAGUUGAAGGGAAAGAGGCCCUUGGUGCCUCCAUCAAUUGAGGUAAGCCUCCGUUCUGUUUAUCUGUUUGAUUUUCUUAUGGGCAGAUCUAAUCGAAUGAAACAUAAGAAAGAGAAUUUCUUUCUCUUUCCUCCCUGUCGACUGGAACUGAUUACCCUCGUUUGGAAAUUUUUCAGGUUGCCCCUGAUGUGAGAGAGGUCCUCGAUACUUUCCGCAUUGCUGCUGAGCUAGGGAGUGAUUCCCUUGGUGCUUAUGUGAUCUCCAUGGCCUCCAAUGUACGCUUUAACCAGACCAUGAUCAUGCCGUUUGUUUCCUUCUUCUUCCUCCUCCAGGGGAUUACUGCCCAGCGCAUUUUCUCCUUGCUGACGUGCAGGCAAGUGACGUUCUAGCAGUGGAGCUCCUGCAAAAGGACGCAAGACUCUCGGUCAGUGGGGAGCUUGGAAGGCCAUGUCCAGGCACAACGUAAGACUCUCAUUCCUUAUCCGUCGGUAGGGGAGCAGGGUGGGUGCUCUAAAAUGGGCAUGGGCUCUGGAUCAUGGCGUUCUUCGUGAUUGACUUUGUCUGAAUCGUGAAGAAACCCCUUCUCUCGAUGUGGCUUAAUCCGAUGCAAACUACCUGGCUUUAGAUGAUUCCUUUACAUUGGACCUUCUUUACCUCUCACAUGUUAGACACUGCUCAGGAACUUGGCCACAAAUUAUUUAGGCAAUCAAGAAAACGAGAUUAACCUCUGGUUCUCCAUCUUUCCCUCAUUUUUUUUUAUUUUUUUCUUCGUCGACAGGCUGAGGGUGGUCCCUUUAUUUGAGACUGUUCAAGACUUGAGAGAAGCUGGAUCAGUGAUCCGGAAGCUCCUGUCCAUCGCCUGGUAUCGGGAGCACAUCAUCAACAACCACAACGGCCACCAAGAGGUACACCUACCCUUUCAUCUAGAACCUUAAUGGGCGCCAUUAGCAGACCCUGCUUCUCUCUGAAACUUACCUGGUGAUGGUGGGCAGGUCAUGGUGGGCUACUCAGACUCUGGUAAGGACGCCGGCCGCUUCACCGCCGCCUGGGAGCUUUACAAGGCCCAGGAGGACGUUGUGGCCGCCUGCAAUGAGUUUGGGAUCAAAGUGACCUUGUUCCACGGCCGGGGUGGCAGCAUCGGCCGUGGCGGCGGGCCGACAUACCUUGCAAUUCAGUCGCAGCCUCCUGGGUCUGUCAUGGUGAGUGAAUUCCCUCCACCCACACACUUAUAUGCUCCCAUGACGAUGGUGGAUGUUCACAUUUCUCGAAAAAAAAAGCUCCCAUUUUUUUUUCCUCAUUCCUUCUUAAAAUCUCCAUGGAGUCUGCUCGUUCCUCUUUCUAUCUUGAUCCGGGCCAUAAAACUUCCAUUUUUUUCUCUAUAUGAGAAAUAAUAAUCUUAAGGAAGAACAAGCAGAAACCUCCCUACAAAACUCUGUUUUUUUUUUUGUUUUUUUUUUUUCUUGUUAAUCAUCCUGCUCAUUCCUUCUUCUUGAUGGAAAUCAGGGAACCCUGAGAUCCACCGAGCAAGGUGAGAUGGUCCAGGCCAAGUUCGGCCUCCCCCAGACCGCCGUCAGGCAACUAGAGAUCUACACCACGGCCGUCCUCCUCGCCACCCUCCGGCCCCCCCACCCACCGAGGGACCUCAAAUGGCGGCAGAUCAUGGAAGACAUCUCCGCCACCAGCUGCGCCACCUACCGGAGCACCGUCUACGACAACCCCGACUUCCUCUCCUACUUCCACGAGGCCACCCCUCAAGCGGAGCUCUCCUUCCUCAACAUCGGCAGCCGCCCCACUCGCCGGAAAACCAGCGCCGGUAUCUUCCACCUCCGCGCAAUCCCCUGGAUCUUCGCCUGGACCCAGACCCGCCUCGUCCUGCCGGCGUGGCUCGGCGUGGGCGCCGGCCUGCGUAGUGCCUGCGAGAAGGGCCACCGCGAGGAGCUCAUGGCCAUGUACAGAGAAUGGCCCUUCUUCCAGUCCACGGUGGAUCUGAUCGAGAUGGUGCUGGGGAAAGCAGACGUGCCCAUUGCAGAGCACUACGACCGGGUUUUGGUGAAGGAGCAGCGGCGGAGGCAGCUGGGGGCGGCGCUGAGGAAGGAAUUCAAGGCGACGGAGGAGUAUGUGAUGGUGGUGAGCGGCCAUGAGAGGCUGCUGGAGAACAACAGGAGCUUGAGGAAGCUGAUCGAGGGGAGGCUCCCUUACCUUAACCCCAUGAACAUGCUCCAGGUGGAGAUACUGAGGAGGCUCAGGAUGGACGAGGAGAACAAUAAGCUGAGAGAUGCGCUGCUCAUCUCCAUCAAUGGCAUUGCCGCCGGGAUGAGGAACACCGGCUGA